AUGUCUGAGAAGAAAUCCUGGAGUUCAGACAGCCGCCCCAAAUGUGGCAUCCGCAGCUGGAGUGCAGACAGCUACGUGUGGAGCAGCAAGAAACGUUCCAGGAGUUCCCGGAAAAACCCCGGCCUUUGGGGUCCGGAGGGGGAGGGACCGAUGGAUGAACGUUCCACCUUGUGUCCGUGGCGAUGGCGAGAGAGGAAGUGUAGCUGCACCGUCUUGGGGGAAAUCGACACGGACGACACGUGUCGAAAAGCCCUUUCUCGACGCUCCCUCCGGCAGAAGUUCCAGGAUGCGGUGGGUCAGUGUUUCCCUCUCCGCAAUGGCCACCAUCACCACCACGGCCACCCAACAGGGUCCUCCAGGGGGGCUUUCUCUGUGCUCCUCUGGUCCAAGCGCAAGAUCCACAUCUCGGAGCUCAUGCAGGACAAGUGUCCCUUCUCACCCAAGUCGGAGCUGGCUCACUGCUGGCACCUCAUCAAGAAGCACGCCAGCCACCCUAGCACCAUCGUGGGCCUAGAGACUGCCCAAGCUGCUCAGGCUUCCCAGGCUGCCAGCAAAGAACAAUUCCCUUCCACGUCCUCGUCUCCGCCUUCGAUGCCUCUUUCCUGGGAGGGCAUUUGCUCAAGUAGGCCCCUGAGCCUUGAGGACUGGGACCCGUCCUGUCCACAAGGAGGAGCAGCCCAUGGUGACAGCCAUACCGACUACAUCCUUGUCCCGGACCUCCUCCAGAUCAACAACAGCCCAUGUUACUGGGGCGUGCGUGACCGCUUCGAAGCCGAGGAGCUUCUGGAGGGCCAGCCAGAGGGCACCUUCCUCCUGCGCAACUCGGCCCAGGACGAAUUCCUCUUCUCAGUCAGCUUCCGCCGCUACAGCCGUUCCCUCCAUGCACGCAUAGAGCAGAACGGCAAGCGCUUCAGCUUUGACGGACGCGACCCGUGCAUUUCCUGGGACCCGAGUGUCACGGGCCUGCUCCGGCACUACAGCGACCCGGCCACAUGCCUUUUCUUCGAGCCCCUCCUUGCUCUCCCCCUGCCCCGGACUUUCCCCUUCACCCUGCAACACCUGUGCCACGCCGUGAUCUGUAGCUGCACUACGUACCAGGGUAUUGAGAUCCUUCCACUUCCCUAUCAGCUCAGGUACUAUCUUAGACAGUACCACUACAAGUGCAAUAGACCUGUGAAGAUCCUUCCUGCAGUCGCAAGAAGACUUUUGUAG